AUGGCUAGAAUUACAGUACUUAUUUCUGGUUCAGGGACCAAUUUACAAGCGUUGCUAGAUGCUCAGAAACAGGGUAAACUCAAUCAUGAUAUAACUCAUGUGAUCUCUUCCUCAGAGACAGCAUAUGGUUUGAUUCGUGCACAACAAAACUCUAUUCCAACAACGACACAUUUACUCAAGACAUAUUAUAAAGGAAUUCCCAAGGAGCAGACCAAAGAAAGACAACAAAGGCGAGAACAAUUCAACUUGGACUUGGCCAAUUUGCUCAUUUAUGGAUCAAUUGAAGGUGAAACCGAUCCAAAAGAAGGCUAUAUCAAACCCGAUUUGAUUGUAUGUGCAGGAUGGAUGUUGAUUCUUUCACCAACAAUUUUGCAGCCUCUCGAAAAAGCAGGUAUCACCAUUAUCAACUUACAUCCGGCAUUGCCUGGUGCCUUUGAUGGAACUCACGCCAUUGACCGAUGUUGGAAAGCCGGUCAGGAUGGCGAGAUUACCAAAGGUGGAGUUAUGAUCCAUAAAGUUAUUGCCGAAGUCGACCGCGGAGAGCCUAUUUUGGUAAAGGAAAUAGAUUUGAUCAAAGGUGAGCCUUUGGAACAGUAUGAGAAAAGGGUGCAUGAAGUAGAGCAUGUUGCUAUUGUCGAAGGAACUAAUAUUGUACUCAACCAGUUGAAAUAA